CAUUUUAACAAAAAAAAAAAGAGAUACAAGAUUCUGUGUUCGAUUUAGUCGAACGAGUCGGCUUAAAUUCCCAUCCCCUGCUCUCUAAAAUUGUUAUUACUCUUAAUUCUCGGCGCAGCCUUCUGAAUAUAAAUAAUACGCUCAACGCAAAGCCAGGAAAAGCCUCUCUCUUUUUUUAUCUCACUUUUGAUCAUCAGGCUCGCGGUUAGUAAUGGCUGUAAAAACCCAAGCAAGCCUUCUCCUUCAGAAACAGCUCAGAGAUCUUAUGAAAAACCCAGUUGAUGGGUUUUCUGCUGGGUUAGUCAAGGAUGACAAUAUUUUUGAAUGGAGUGUCACGAUUAUUGGACCUCCCGAUACUCUGUAUGAUGGAGGAUAUUUUAAUGCUAUCAUGACCUUUCCUGCUAAUUAUCCUAACAGCCCUCCAACAGUAAAGUUUACUUCAGAAAUGUGGCAUCCUAAUGUUUAUCCUGAUGGACGAGUCUGCAUAUCUAUUCUUCAUGCUCCGGGUGAUGACCCUAAUGGUUAUGAACUUGCAAGUGAGCGAUGGAUGCCAGUUCAUACGGUCGAAAGCAUAGUUUUGAGUAUCAUAUCCAUGCUUUCAAGUCCUAAUGAUGAAUCGCCUGCAAAUGUUGAAGCUGCGAAAGAAUGGAGGGAUAAGAGAGAUGAUUUUAGAAAGAAAGUUAGCCGCAUUGUGAGACGAUCACAAGAAGAUUUUUGAUCUCACCACCAUGUGUCGGACUCCCAUAUCUCAAGUAUUCUUACAGCUGUAGUGGCAAAAUUCAGGAUUGAGGAGGUGUUAUCAGUGUCUUGAGUCUUAUAAUUUCGUUGAUUUAGGGGGGAGAGGGAGCUAGUUGAGUUAAGUAUAUUUAGUGAAGAGUUAUUUGCAUUAUGGAAAACGCGUAAAUUAUCACUUUGUUGCAACCUAUCUUGUCUAUUGUUCUCUCGUCUUGUCUUCAGUGUGCUUCAUGUUUAGUUACAUUUCUUGAUGACUAACUUAACAUUGGGCUCAAGCCCUACUGUGUGUUUUGGGAAGUAGGGGAUGUAAUGCUAAGGGUGUUUUUGUCUUGUUUUCUCUUGUCACCGUUUUGGAAAUGAAAACUUGGUAUUUGGGUUUCUUC